AUGAAGCCGCCCACGUCCACCACCACCUCCUACCUCCUCCUCGCCCCGCUCGCGAUCCUCCUGCUCGUCUCGGUGCUACCCUCGCUCCGCCCUUGGUCCCGCGCCGGCUCCGCCUCCGACGAUGGCCUCGGCGUCCUCUGCGCCCGCCGCGCCGGCUUCGUCGACGUCGUCGCCGCCGCCGCCGCCGCGCCGCCACCGGCCGAGACGACACGGCCGGUGGAGCCGGCGGCGGAGUUCAGCCUGCUCGUGGGCGUGCUGACCAUGCCGAGCCGGCGGGAGCGGCGCGACAUCGUGCGGAUGGCGUACGCGCUGCAGCCGCCCCCGGCGGAGGGCGUCGCGCGCGUGGACGUCCGCUUCGUCUUCUGCCGCGUGACGGACCCCGUGGACGCGGCGCUGGUGGCGGUGGAGAGCCAGCGGCACGGCGACAUAAUAGUGCUGGACAACUGCGCCGAGAACAUGAACGACGGCAAGACGUACGCGUACCUCUCCUCGGUGCCGCGCCUCUUCGCGGCGGAGCCGUACGACUACGUGAUGAAGACCGACGACGACACGUACCUGCGCGUGGCGGCGCUCGUGGAGGAGCUCCGCUCCAAGCCCCGCGAGGACCUCUACCUCGGCUACGGCUACGCCAUGGGCGGGCAGCCGAUGCCGUUCAUGCACGGCAUGGGGUACGUCGUGUCGUGGGACGUGGCGGCAUGGAUCGCCGGCGCCGACGAGAUCCUGGCGCGCAACGACACCCUGGGCCCCGAGGACCUCAUGGUCGGCAAGUGGCUCAACCUCGCCGGCAGGGGCAAGCACCGGUACGACCUCAAGCCCAGGAUGUACGACCUCAACUGGUUCAUGGACAACUUCCGGCCGGACACCGUCGCCGUGCACAUGCUCAAGACGAACCAACGCUGGGCGGCGACGUUCAGGUACUUCAACGUCACCGCCGGGAUCACGCCGUCCGAACUGAACCACCUGCCGUGA